UGUGUAGAUCUUCGACUAGCUUGCUACUUAAAUCUGUGAAUCCUAUACCGCCUAAAUUCUAAAAUCUUAUUUGUAAACGAAAGUAAAGUUACUGAAAAACGAACAUGAGUGAUGGCUAUGAUGAUAUUCAAAUUGAAAUUAAUCUAAAUAAAAAAUGUACAUGCUGCCUGGACAACGAUGGCUGGCGUUAUAUGUGGGAACGACAUGCACACAACGACACGAAUGAAGUUUACGGUGAAAUGAUUAGGGACUGCUUUGCUCUUUCGUGGGAUAUUCGAAAGCAAGACAUGAUAUGCGAGCCUUGUGUCCUACGGGUAAGGGAAGCUGUGAAACUAAAAAUAGAAUUUGUGGCCGUCCAAGAGCUGUUAAAAGAAAAUUUUAUUCCAAUUGAUGAAAACCUUGAUGAUAAUAAUGAUAAAGCAAGAAUCAUAGAAGAUCCAGAUGAGUAUUUAAAGGUUACUGAUACAUACCAUGCAUCGGACCAUGAUACCCAAAGCAUGAAUUCUUCAAGUGAAUCAGAAUCAAUAUCCAGCAACCAUCCGAAGAGGAAACGUAGAAAACAUUUAAGAAGCUAUAGAAACUAUAGUACGGAUGACCUCAAAAAUGCUAAAAAAGCCAUUUUAAAUAAAGAAUUGCCCAUUCAUAGAGCUGCAGAAAUUUAUGGCAUACCGAAAAAGACCCUCCAAUAUAAAUUGAAUCAAAAUGCGGAAGAAAAAGACGAAGAGAGGUACGCAAUGAAAGAGAAAAAUUUGAAGCUAUACGAAGAAAUAAGAACCAUAAUUCGGUUCACUAACGCAAUUCCGUUCAAAAUUAAAUCCGGUAAAUAUUACUGCGCCUACUGUCCUUCGCACAGCCCGUUCUUCGAGGAUCCCGAAAAGUUGCGCGAACACACCACAACCGAGCACCGCUUCGAGAUGGUGAAACUCGUGGAGGACAUCUUGAGACCGGCCUAUCUCAACGAGGUACUCCGAAUGGAAAUCACAGACUUGAAAUGUAACAUGUGCGACUUGCCGCUGCACGACUGGAACAAAAUGUUCAUACACUUGGACGACACCCACGACAUAGCGUUCGAGGAGGCGUGCGCGAGGGUCAUACCGUUCGCCCUCAACGACGACCACCGGUGCGCGCUGUGCGGUGACACCUACACCAACUUCGGCGUACUGGACGCGCACAUGAACGCGCACUACUGCAACUACAUCUGCUACGAGUGCGGCGACCCCUUCGUCGCCAGCUCCAGGCUCGAGCAGCACCUGAAGAUCCACAAGGUAGGCCGCUACCCCUGCCCCGACUGCGGCAAGGUGUUCAAGCUGGAGAUCUACAGGACCAAGCACGUCGACCUCGUCCACGAGCAGCGGGCCCGGGUCAAGUGCCUGUACUGCCCGGAGAGGUUCGUGGGCGAGCACCACCGCCACCGGCACGUGCUGCAGUGCCACCCCGCCAAGGUCAAGGUCACGACCUGCGAGUUUUGCGGGAAGGAGUUCACUUUGAAAAGAUUUUACUACGAGCAUCUCAAGAAGGAGCACCCGCGGUACAUGUGCUCCAAGUGCAAGUUGACGUUCGCGAGUAAAGACGAAGUGAAGAUACAUUGGAUCGAGAGAGCUCGUAUGAACGACCACGAUCACACCCAGAGAUGCGAGGUAUACGCUACCUCCAUUCGACCGACAAAGCCUUCGGAGUAGCCCAUAUCGCCUAACAUGUAAUCGAAUCUAUAUAGGUUCUAUUUAUAUGGGGUUCGGCCGCUCUGUCGCGCGGACGCAUAUAAAUUGAGCAUAAGAGAUACAUACUUUUCAAUACUUUUAUUAUUAUUAGCCUUUUAAAGAAAAACAAUACA